UUUAUGAAAGACUGAGUGACAUCUUGACCUCGUUUUCCUGCCAGCAAAGAUGGGCGAAGAUGCUCGCCCCAACUGGGACAGUCCUCUGCAGUUCGUGCUGGCCUGCGUCUCCUACGCCGUGGGACUCGGGAACGUCUGGCGCUUCCCCUACCUGUGCCAGAUGCACGGGGGAGGCGGAUUCUUGAUUCCAUAUCUGCUGAUGCUGUUUCUUGAGGGUCUGCCCUUGUUCUACAUGGAACUGGCCAUUGGUCAGAAGAUGCGUUUGGGGAGCAUUGGAGCUUGGUCGGCCAUCAGCCCUUACUUGGGGGGUGUGGGACUGGCGAGUGUGGUGGCCUCCUUGUAUCUUUGCCUCUACUACAACGUCAUCAACGCCUGGAGCUUCUGGUACCUCUUCAAUUCCUUCCAACCGGUGCUGCCCUGGUCGCAGUGCCCGCUGAACGCCAACAUGACCGGGCCGCUGGAGGAGUGCCAGAAGGCUUCUUCUACCCAGUACUUCUUCUACAGACAAACCGUGGACAUUUCCACUUCCAUCCAAGAGAAUGGCGGCGUGAAGAGCAGCCAGGCGUUGUGCCUCCUGCUGGCCUGGCUGAUCACCUACCUGUUCAUCAUACACGGAGUCAAGUCAUCGGGGAAGGUGGUUUACGUCACUGCCAUAUUUCCAUAUGUGGUCCUCAUCAUCUACCUGGUCAGAGGUUUAACUCUUCCUGGUGCCUUCAAUGGUAUCAAAUACAUGUUCACCCCUAAGCUGGAGCAACUGGCCAACCCGACGACUUGGAUCAAUGCUGCCACUCAGAUCUUUUACUCCCUGGGGCUCGGAUUUGGGUCGCUCAUAGCUUUUUCCAGCUACAACCCAUACCACAACAACUUUGAGCACCAGGCCCUCGUUGUCGGUCUCAUUAACAGCGGAACAUCCGUCUUUGCUUCCAUCGUCACCUUUUCCAUCUAUGGCUUCAAAGCCACAGUGAACUACGAGAACUGUCUGGAGAGGACCCGCAUCUUGCUGUUGAAUGCCUUCGACCUGGCAGAGGACAGCAUCAGCACCAACAGUGUGUUGGACUGGGUUGUUAAGCUCAAUGCAACGCACCCGGAGCAGUUUGCUCAAAUUGCCAAUCAGCUGGAAAACUGUGACCUGAAUUCUGAACUGGAUACAGCAGUGGAGGGAGUCGGUCUUGCCUUCAUAGUCUACAGUGAAGCCAUCCAAAACAUGCCUCUGCCUCAGCUGUGGUCAGUGCUUUAUUUUGGUAUGCUGCUGCUCCUGGGAAUGGGCAGCAUGCUGGGCAACAUCACGGCCAUCACCACGCCGCUACGAGACUUCAAGUUCCUGGCGAAUGUUUCAAACGAGGUGUUAAACGGGACUUUGUGUGCCGUCUUGCUGCUGCUGGGUCUGGGCUUCACCACACCUUCAGGGAACUACUGGUUCACCAUGUUCAACGACUACGGAGCCUCCUUCUCCCUGCUCUUUGUGGUCCUCAUCGAGAUUGUGACGGUCAGCUACAUCUACGGGAUCAAAAGGUUUGAGAAGGACAUCCAAGACAUGCUGGGUCACCCACCCAACUGCUUCCUGAAGUUCAUGUGGUUGGUGGUAAGCCCCGCCAUCCUCCUUAUCCUCUUCCUCUUCUACGUUGUCAACUACAUCCGAGGCGGGGCUCUCACCUACCAGGCCUGGGACAAAGAGCUGGGAAAGUCCGUGGUGAUGGAAUAUCCGGUCUUUGGUCAGGUCUUCAUCGGCCUCCUGCUGGUGUCGGCGGUGAGCUGCGUUCCGGUGGCCGCUCUGUGUGUGUGCUGCAAGACCAGGAGACAGGUCUACGUCAAAGACCGCCACGCACCUGGAUCUCCUUAGCGUGUUGCUGACACCUCACCUGUUGCCUUAGUUCACCUGCUGAUCCUGCUGCUCACACACAUGUCAUGGCUUGUGUACAAAAUGUAAAUACUGUACAUAUCUUUUAAAAUAUAGUGUCUUCUUUUGCUCUUUGCAUGAAGUGUUGCGGUCAACCCUCGCUACUUGGAUGUCACGCAGUAAUAUCAGGUAGCAACUCCUGACAGUAGAUCCUGAAUGUUUUCUAUUAAAGAACAUUUGC